AUGGAAGCAUCCCCCGUCGCUGGGCCGUGGGCCUCGGUCAGCCCGGCCCUCAGUGCGGAGACUAUGCGCGCGCUGGACCGCCUGGAGUUCCGGGCCAUGACCCCGGUCCAGGCCGCCGCCGUCCCACUGCUCCUCAAACGCCGUGAUGUGGUGGCCGAGGCUGUCACUGGCUCCGGCAAGACGCUGGCCUUCCUGAUCCCGGUCAUCGAGCUGGUUCGGCCACGUGUGGGCGCCAUUGUCGUGGUGCCGACCCGUGAGCUUGCCCGCCAGGUGUUUGAUGUGCUGGACUCCCUGCUGAAGGAGGAGCCGCACAUCUCGCGACUGCUGGUCACCGGCGGCGGGGCCGACGCCUCUGUCGACAAGGACAUCCAGCGCAUCCGGUCGCAGGGUGCCCACAUCCUGGUGGCCACCCCCGGCCGUCUGGAGGAUCUGCUCAAUCGCAAUGGUGCUGCCGGGUCCGGCCAGCGCCGGCUGAUUGACGUUCGGGAGCUGGAGAUUCUGAUCCUGGACGAGGCCGACCGCCUGCUUGAUCUUGGCUUCCAGAGCUCGCUCGACGCCAUCUUGGCACACUUGCCGAAGCAGCGCCGGACGGGGCUCUUCUCGGCCACCCUGACGGACGGCCUGGAACGCCUGGCGCGCGCGGGUUUGCGUAAUGCCGUGCGCGUCGCGGUGCGCAUCCGCUCGGACGCGGCCAAGAGCACCACGCCCACGGGUGAGAUCAAGAUUCCCACCCAGUACGUUCCCUGUCUCCAGGCCGAUGGCCAGGGCGGGCUCAACCCAUAUGCCAGUGACCCGGCCAAGGUCAUCGUCUACUUCAGCACCUGUGCCUGUGUGGAAUACUUUUCCAAGCUGUUUGAGGCCGCCCACCCGGAGCUCGAGGGCCGCAUUCACGCCCUCCACGGGAAGAUGCCCCAGCGCCGGCGGAAUGCCACUCUUGCUGCCUUCCAUGACAGCGAGUAUGCAGCGCUCUUCUGCACGGAUGUUGCCGCCCGCGGCCUGGACAUCCCGGAGGUCGAUUGGGUCAUCCAGUAUGAUGCCCCACAGGAUCCGAGUCAGUUUGUUCAUCGCUGUGGCCGAACCGCCCGCCUGGGCCGGUCCGGCGCGGCGGUCAUUUUCCUGGCCCCGGAAGAGAGCUCCUUCAUCGAUUUCAUGGCCAACCGCCACAUCCGCCUGGAGGCUCUGCCCGAAGACUACCGGCUGUCCGGAUUGCCGGACUCCAUUGACGUGGAGGUUGCCCCCCCGGCCCCAGGCGCUGCUAUGUCUACUUAUGCCGAGCGCCACCUGAAGGCACAGAUGGCUGAUCGUGACCUCCUGAUCAAACGUGCUCACAAGGACCGCGUGGGCGCCAGCCAGGGCACCAAGAUCCUCAGCCCGCGCGAGGUGCUGGCUGCUCUAAAGCGACGCUAA